UUGUAAGUGCGGCGAUGGUCAGGUGAGUGCGACGGCUGCGAUGGGGGAUGGCCAGCACUGUGGUGGCAGCGAUAGCGAUGGCAGCGAUGGCGAUGGCAGCGAUGGCGAUAGCGAUGGUAGCGAUAGCGAUGGAAGCGAUAGCGAUAGCGAUGGGAGCGCUAACGAUAGCGAUGACAGUGAUAGCGAUGGCGCUAGCGAUAGCGAUAGCCAUGACGCUAGCGAUAGCAAUAGCGAUGGGGGAUGGCCAGCACUGCGGUGGCAGCGAUAGAGAUGUAAAGCGUUACAAUGGCCAGCGCUGCGAUGACAGCAAUAGCGACGGUAGCGCUGCGAUUACAGUGAUAGCUUUGCAUCGCGAUGGUGAUGAGCUAAGCGCAUCGAUGGCGAUGGUGCAUGGCGAGGGUGGGAAUGGAUUGCGGACUUGGUAUAUCCAACGCCGUUGACAUUUGCAAAAUGUCCCAAUGACUGUGACACCGGAACUUAUAGAUUUUCGGUGUUUUUGACCUCUGUGCAUAACGAAUC